AUGGCUGCACGAUCUGUCACUCUCGGCAUCGACCUGGGCACCACGUCUGUGAAGGCGGCCCUGGUGGAGGCCGCACCCGGCGACCCUUCCGGAUUCGUGGUACUGGCGAGCUGUGCUCGGGCCGCGCAGGCUGAGACGGCGGCCCAGAGCGCGGCGGCGGGGCCCCAGCCUGUUCCCCUCCUCCGCUGUCCCUAUCCACACAGCUCACCCACUUUGGGCCCAUAUAGAGAACAACUUCUCUGUUCUGGGUUCAUGCACCAUCUGAGGGCCACGUGGGAACUCUGUAAACCAGCACUGUCCAGUGGAAAUGGGCAAGAACAGGAUGUGAGGAGAAUCAUCCAGGCCCUCCACGAGUGUCUUGCUGCCCUUCCCCGGCAGCAGCUCCGGAAGGUCUGUGGCAUCGGCGUGUCAGGGCAGAUGCAUGGAGUCGUGUUUUGGAAAACAGGCCAAGGCUGUGCAUGGACAGAGGGAGGGGCCGCCCCUGUGUUCGAGCCUAGAGCUGUGAGCCACCUGGUCACGUGGCAGGAUGGCCGGUGUAGCAGCGAGUUCCUGGCUUCUCUGCCCCAGCCGGAGUCGCAUCUCAGCGUGGCCACGGGGUUUGGCUGUGCAACUAUCUUCUGGCUUUUGAAAAAUAGCCCGGAGUUCCUCAAGUCCUACGAUACAGCCGGCACCAUCCAUGACUAUGUGGUUGCCAUGCUGUGCGGCUUGGCAAGACCCUUGAUGUCCGAUCAAAAUGCUGCUAGCUGGGGCUAUUUCAACACCAGGAGCCAAAGCUGGAACUUGGAGAUACUGAAGGCCGCCGGCUUUCCCGUCCAGCUGCUCCCAGAGGUAGCGGAGCCUGGCAGUGUGGCAGGAAGAACCUCGCAGGCCUGGUUUGAGAUCCCAAGGGGGACACAGGUGGGCGUGGCCUUGGGUGAUUUGCAGGCCUCCGUCUAUUCCUGCAUGGCCCAAAAGACCGAUGCCGUUCUCAACAUCAGCACCUCGGUUCAGCUGGUAGCCUCCAUGCCUUCAGGAUUCCAGCCAGCGCAGACUCCAGACCCUGCAGCCCCAGUUGCCUACUUCCCGUACUUCAACAGGACUUAUCUGGCUGUGGCAGCAUCACUCAAUGGGGGGAACGUGCUGGCCACGUUUGUCCGCAUGCUGGUCCAGUGGAUGGCAGAUCUAGGCCUGGAGGUUGAAGAAUCCACGGUGUACUCAUGCAUGAUCCAGGCAGCUGCCCAGCAGAGAGACACCUGCCUGACCAUCACUCCAACAGUGCUGGGCGAGAGGCACCUGCCAGACCAGCUGGCCUCAGUGACCGGAAUCUCCUCCUCUGACCUCUCCCUCGGGCACGUGACCCGGGCCCUGUGCAGAGGCAUCGUUCAGAACCUGCACUCGAUGCUUCCAUUUGGGCAGCUCCGGGAGUGGGGUGUGGAGAGGGUGAUUGGCAGUGGGAGUGCACUGUCCAGGAAUGAAGUGCUGAAGCAGGAGGUGCAGAGGGCAUUCCCUCUGCCAGUGUCCUAUGGACAGGAUGUAGACGCAGCUGUGGGGGCCGCUCUGGUCAUGCUCCAGAGAAGCCUUAGCCAGCAGAAGUCCUAGCACACUCGUUGGCCAGAGGACUGUUGCAAAUUUUAUCUAAUUAACGUCCUUGACCCGAUCUUGGGGGUCAUCCUUUUCCUGGACAGCUCUGUGGGCAGCUUUUAAGCAAUGCUUAUUCUUGGGGCCUCAAGAGUAACACACUCAUAAUGCAGCCAAGAAUCAUCAACCAGACCCCAAAUCAGUGCCUUCUGAA